AUGAGUGACCAGAACAAGUACAACAACAAGCUCCAGGGCCACCGCAUUGGUUAUGGAGUUGCCGAAGCAUCAUUGGAGAAUGGAGCUCAUGUCAUCAUCUCUUCUUCGAGCGAGUCGAGAGUUCAGGAAGCAGUCUCGAAGCUGCAGAAGACAUACCCAUCGGCCGCUAAACGCGUCGAGGGCUACGCAGCCAACAUGGGUGAUCAAGCAAGCCUUGAGUCGAACGUCGAGCAGCUCUUCCAGAAAGCUGGCAAGCUUAACCAUGUCGUCUUCACAGCUGGAGACUCUCUGGCAAUGAUGCCGCUCGAGGAAGCUACCCUCGAAAAGACUAUCCAGGCAGGUAUGGUCAGAUACUUUGCCCCUCUCAUGGUCGCCAAGCAGGCUGCAAAGGUCCUUGAUAAGAGCCCAACCUCAUCUAUUACCUUGACUACCGGCAGUGUCAGCGAGAAGCCUAUUCCCAACUGGAGUGUCAUUGUCGGCUUCGCCACUGCUCUUCAAGGCACUACAAGAGGUCUAGCACUGGAUCUCAAGCCCAUCCGUGUCAACUUGGUAUCACCUGGAGCCGUAGAAACAUCACUGUGGGACGGCAUCCCGGAGGAUAAACGACAAGAGAUGUUCAAAGCAUUUGGAGACAAGAUGGCCACCGGCAAGAUUGGUCAAGUUGAGGACGUGGCCGAAGCAUUCCUGUACUCAAUGAAGGACAAGAACUUGACAGGAAGCAUGAUCAGUACCAACGGAGGCGGCUUGAUCAUGUAA